AUGUUGCCUUACAUUACAGGAUGGAAGGAUGUCAUCGGCGAUGGUAACUGCGGCUUUCGUUGUGUGGCCGAGUUCUUCUUUGGUGAUCAAGGACGAUGGUAUGACGCUCGAGAAACAAUAGCAAACGAGGUCCUUGGUUAUCCAGCCCUGUACGAGAGGAUUUACGGCCUUGGAAGACUUGGGAUCAAUGUGGAGCGAAUUAGAUGGGACGGUGGGGCGGUUGAUUCCCGUCAUUGGAUGACUGCAAUUCAAGAUUUAUUUCCUAUUGCUAAUUGGUUCAACGCAAUGGUUAUUAUUCUUGGUGUUGGCACCGUACCAACCUGCUACUAUCCAUGCCUCACGAUUUUGCCGUUGCGGGCACGAAGGGGGGUCACUGCACCUGAACGAGAGUUUGUGAUCGCUACAGUUGGGGGCUCACAUUUUAUCUGUAUUAACCUUGCACCAGAUUCACCUCUUCCCCCGAUUGCAGGUUGGUGGACCGAGAACCACGAGCCAAGUGUUGACGGUUGGGAUCAGCGUUAUGCGGCUAUAAGGAACAUGUGGGAUGCGUUAAUUAGAUAA